CAACAACAAUUUCAAUAUCCAUAACUAGUGAUAGAUGUGGUACUUCAGUGCUGCAGCUUUUGGUUGAAAAAAACACCAGAAACAGGAAGUGUUUCAGGAAGGACAAGCUGUGUGAAAUGUUUCUGUGCACUGCAGUUUUUAGUUAAUCUGUGCUGGUACUGAUAAUUGACACAGAGCAGCUGUCAUGUCAGCUAUGGGGAGCAUACAGCAGAGAAACCUACGCUAUUUGGCCCUUGUCUUUUUCCUCCUGACCGCUUCUUCACCUGCUGCAGGUGUUCAGAUCAGACUAGCUGGGUCCGGGUCUACUCAGUGCUCUGGGAGAGUUGAAAUCUAUCACAACAACGCCUGGGGAACAGUCUGUGAUGACAGCUGGGACUUAAAUGAUGCUGAGGUGGUGUGCAGACAGCUGGUCUGUGGUGCAGCACUGAAUGCCACUCAGUCGGCCCAUUUUGGUCAAGGAACCGGUCAAAUCUGGCUUGAUGAUGCGGCCUGUUCAGGAAGUGAAAGGUCUCUAACUGAGUGUCGGCACAGAGGAUUUGGGUCACACGACUGUAACCAUGGUGAGGAUGCUGGUGUGGUCUGUUCAGGUGUUCCGAUCAGACUAGCUGGGUCCGGGUCUACUCAGUGCUCUGGAAGAGUUGAAAUCUAUUACAACAACACCUGGGGAACAGUCUGUGAUGACACCUGGGACUUAAAUGAUGCUGAGGUGGUGUGCAAGGAGCUGGGCUGUGGUGCAGCACUGAGUGCCACUAAGUUAGCCCACUAUGGUCAAGGAACCGGUCAUAUCUGGCUUGAUGAUGUGGCCUGUUCAGGAAGUGAAAGGUCUCUGACUCAGUGUCAGCAUGGAGGAUUUGCGAAACACAACUGUGGACAUGGUGAGGAUGCUGGAGUGGUCUGUUCAGGACCUGGGACCGCACAGCGUCGGGGACGAAAAGACAUCCCUGAGGACCAGUACCAGGGUUGGGUUGGUGCCGUUGAGCCUCCUUCACCAGAGACUCUAUUUCCCAGAGCCGGGCCUGUAGGUGAGGGUAAACUGGAACCAAUCAAAAAACAGGGCCCAGCGAGCCUGCCUGGAAUUGAGCCUCUUGGCGGACUGGAUAUAGGGCAGGUUCUAGUGAUCGGUCAAAAUGAUAAACGGCUGUUUGGACCCCUCCAGGUAAUGUCUCCACUCUUCCAGGGCCAAUUUCACUGCAAGGAGUUCUCUGUUGCCCACGUCAUAGUUACGUUCCGCAGGGAUUAG